AUGUCAAAGAGAAUAAUCGAUGAUGCGGAUGAUGCAGUAUUUACUGCACUGUUUCCAGUUGCCAAACGUAGAUUGAUGAAGAAUGAUGAUGACGACGAUGAAGAUACCGAUAUAGAGGAUGAGCCUAUUAUGAUGCCAAAUGCAUCAUCGUCCAAUAAUACUACUACUGGCCUCACCAGGGAACAACAGGAGGCAGCUGAUGAAGCAUACGCACGUCAGCUGGCACUUCAAUUUGCUAAUGGAAGCUACGACGAUGCAGAUUACUACGACGCUCGCAAGCAACUCGAGGAAGCCGACGCCCUCUAUGCUAUGCAAUUACAACAGGAAUUCGAUGGAGCACUUCCUCAGCACCCUGCAUUCACUUCACAGGCCGAUGACCCAGUGAAGAAUGGACCAUCUACUUCUGGUGUACGUGGUAGUAUGGAAGAUAUAUCUGAUCAAGAUUUAAAUAAUGCAAUUGAGAGGGAAGAAAACGCAGAAGCAAAUGGAGAAGAGGAUGACGAUUAUAGAUCUAGAGUAGCACGUGAUGCAAGAUAUGAGUUAGCUAGAAGGGCUCGGAGGAGGAUUGUAGAACAAGAUGAAGAGUAUGCAAGGAAAUUACAGGCGGAAUUUGACAAGGAAAUGAAUGGCAACCCUGCAUCAUUCUCGUUGCAACAAGAACAACAGAAGACCCCAAACCCCAAGGCAGCAUUAGUAGAACCUCAUCUCACCUUUUCUUUUAAUAAUCAGAAGGAUAUACAGGUGUCUCGCUCUUCUGCCUCUGCACAAAUGGCUGGACCAGGUGCUUCCUCUGCUAUCGAUUUGACUACACCGCCACGUCCACAACCACAACCACCUUCGUUUACUUUGACACCAGCUCCUGUCUUUACAUUUGGUAGUACAGCUCCGAAGACAAUAGCAAUUCCAGCUCCGAUGCAAACUCCUAUUCCAGUUUUACCAGGGCAAUAUCCAGCAGCAGCUCGCUCCAAUCCUGCAGUUGUUCCAGGGACAGGCCUAGCUCCGACAUUCAACGGAUUGGUUAAACCCACCAUACCCGCUCAACCCAAUGUUAAUGUCUAUCAGCCAGGUCAACAAUAUAGUCGUUUCGGUCCUGGUCACCGUCCAGGUGUUCAACAGCCUAUACCCUAUGUUCAUCAACCAAAUCAGGUCAUGCCCCAACCUCAACCAAGGUUGCCAAAUGUAUAUAUCAAUGUAAUUCCCAUAAAGAAGGAAGGUGAAGAUGGAGAACCUGUUGAGAAGCCUCUUGAUGAGCUCGGAGCUGCCAAAGAAUUGGUCAACUUGCUCAAAAACUUUGAUCAGGGAGACAUCACACCAAAGGAUGAACGUAUUACAACUCCUCGACAAAUGAAGAUUGCCCUGCUGGAACAUCAAAAGCUUGGAGUUGAAUGGAUGUUGAAUAUGGAGCGUGGAUCCAAUAAGGGCGGCAUACUUGCUGAUGACAUGGGUCUUGGAAAGACUAUUCAAACUCUUGCAUUGUGUUGUCUCAAUCCAUCUCCAGACAACAAGAGAAAGACUACGUUGAUUGUUGCUCCCAUGUCUCUCAUCACUCAAUGGGAAGACGAAAUCAGCAAGAAAGUGAAACGUGGUACCUUCUCAGUUUACGUACAUCAUGGGAGUGAUCGACUCAGGAGGGUCUCAGACAUAUUAGACUACGAUAUAGUCAUCACUACGUAUUCAAUCCUCGCAUUGGACUUUCCUGAACCAGCCAAGACAAGGAAGGGCAAGACUGCUGCGUUCACUGCAGAAGACCGUCAAGCUGCUGAUGACGAAGAGUUUAAUGAGAUGCGUGAAGAAGAAGAGCACAAGAAGGAGGAAAUCAAGUUAAAAUUGGGUCCUCUGCUUAAAGCUCAGUUCUAUCGUGUGGUCCUGGACGAGGCACAAACAAUCAAAAAUAAAGCCACUCGUGGUGCUCGAGCUGCUAUACAACUCAAGUCACAAUUUCGAUGGUGUUUGUCUGGUACUCCAAUCCAGAACAACAUUGGUGAACUUUACCCAUUGAUCUCGUUUCUUGGAAUCCCACCUUAUGCUGACUGGGAUGAAUUCCGGGAAAAGGUCAUGAAUCCUUUCAAACGUGGAAGGCACAAGACUGCACUCAAGCGGGUACAUGCUAUCUUGAAAGGUUUGCAUUUGAAACUAUUAAAACGACUCCGCCAUUCUUGGUUUCUGCUCAACGCCUCUGAUUCUCCACCAGCUAUGUGUCUUCGUAGGACAAAAGACAUGCAACUUGACGGUCAACCUAUCACAGUUCUACCUCCUCGAAAUGUCUUGUUGGAUGCUCAAGUAUUCACCACACCUGAACGUCAAUUCUAUGAUGCCCUUGAGAAACGCAUUCGCCUCAAGUUCAACACUUAUGUCAAGAGGGGAACUGUUAUGAAGAACUACACCAAUGUCUUGGUCUUGUUGCUUCGUCUCCGUCAAGCAUGCUGUCAUGCUUCUCUCGUCGCCAAUAGUUUCGAGAAGGGUGACCCAGAAGAAUUGGCUCGUGCAGAUGCAGCUCGUGGGGAUGCAGAAGAUAAUGAUGGAAUACCAAUGGAUGAACAAACUCUUGCUCAACAUCUGGAUGACAAGGUUUAUGAACGUCUCAAGAAUGAAGACUUUAUGGGUGAUGAGUGUGGUUUCUGUCUAGACAGUCCCAUGAUGCCUGAAAGCUCCAGUUUGAUUUCUGUCUGUGGUCACGUAUUCUGUACAGACUGCAUUGCCAAACUCUUUGAUGGUGAAGGAACCAAUAACUGCCCCAAAUGUCGCUGUACCGUAAAUCCUUCCAGCUUGAUCAAAGUCAAGACUUUAUUCGAAGUGCAUCCUGAACUCGAGAAGAAGGAUGAUGGUGAUGGUGACGAUGAAGAUGAUGAUGAACUUGGUGUCUUGCAAAGUCUCGUAACCAAGUUUGUCUCGUCUGCCAAAAUUGACCGAACUGUUCAAGUGUUGGAUGAAGUACGUGCGUCUGGAUCUGGUGACAAGACAAUUAUCUUCAGUCAAUUCGUUGGAAUGCUAGAUUUGAUUGAAAUACCUCUACGUAAUAAGGGAUACAAGUUUGUUCGUUACGACGGUAGCAUGAGCUCAAAGCAACGUGCACUUGCUAUCAAGCAAUUCUCCUAUGAUCCUAAGUGCACUGUUGCACUCAUCUCCCUGAAGUGUGGGUCUUUGGGGCUCAACUUAACUUGUGCUAAUCGAGUGAUUCUUCUUGACCUUUGGUGGAAUCCUGCACUUGAAAACCAAGCUAUCGAUCGUGUGCACCGUUUCGGUCAACAGAAGGAAGUCUUCGUCAAUCGUAUUACGAUCGCAAAUAGUAUCGAAGACCGUAUUCAACAAUUGCAACACAAGAAGCAAAAGAUCUUUUCUGCUGCACUUGAUGGUGGUGUAUUGAAGAUGAAAAAGGAUGAAGGACGUCUUACUCUUGAAGAUUUGAUUUUAUUGUUUAACGGCGAGGAAACGGAUAUUGAGGAAGAUGGUCACGAAUUCACGUUAGGCGCUUGA